CUCAGCUCAGGAGGGCCAAGCCUGGAGCAUGUGAAGGAAGAUUCUAAAAAAGCUCAUGAAUGGCGAAGUCCAAUAUAUCAGAGAAGAAGGAUGUUAUUGGAGCUUCCUGUCGCUCCAAGAGGCACAAGGAGUGAUGAUUAGCUACUACAGCCUUUUUUUUCAAACCGAGCUUGUUGAAAUCAGUGAGCAAUGGAUGAUACACCACCAGCAGAGGAGCUUCUGAAGAAGCUUCAAGUGCUGGAAGAGGGUCACGCCUACCUCAAGCAAGAGCUCUCGGAGUAUUCCUAUGCCGAACUGGAGAACCAAAGGGCUCUCUCAAAAAGGUGCUCAAGAUUCUCUUCCAAAAGAAGAGUCGGUGGCGGUGGCGGUGCAAGUUGGCGGCCGCCAAGUCUCAACUUCAGUGACAGGCAGUAUCUCAACAUAUUGCAGUCAAUAGGGCAGUCUGUGUACAUAUUUGAUCUCAGUUGUCGUAUAAUUUACUGGAGCAAGACUGCUGGAAAUCUAUAUGGUUAUUCUGUGGCAGAGGCCCUUGGACAGAAUCCCCUUGAGCUCUUAGCAGAUCCCCAGGCCUUUGCUGUAGGAUAUAGUAUAGUUCAACGUCUCACCAAGGAGGAGAGCUGGACCGGGCAGUUCCCUGUCAAGAACAAAAUGGGGGAAAUUUUUUCAGCCAUGGCCACCAAUACUCCAUUUUAUGAUGAUGAUGGCACUUUCAUUGGGGUUAUAUGUGUUUCAUGGGAUUUGCGGCAUUUUCAAGAAACGAGGGUUCCACUGUUAUGUUUGGAACCAGACUCAAGCUUCGGCCGUUGCCCUACCACUAGUGCGGCAACUCAAGUUGGUGUUGAUCCUCAGCAACCUCUGCAAAAUGAACUUGCAUCAAGAAUAACAAAUUUGGCAUCCAAGGUCUGCAACAAAUUCAAGUCAAGAGUUAAGGAUGGAAAAGAAAACUUGGAUGACAAAGCUGGGAGUGGAGAUAGUUGCUGGUGUGAUCAUGGUUCAGUUUCUCAUCUCUCUGACCAUUUGGAGGAUGGGUGUUCAAGUGGGGCAAGCACACCAAGAGGAGAUAUACGUCCAUCUCCUUUUGGUAUGUUUGCCAAAAUUAAAGACAAGUUUCCAGGUAAACCCUCCGGAGAAUAUGAUGAUCAGAGUGAAGGAAAACGCCCAAUGCAUAAGAUAAUAACCUCAAAGGCAGAAGCAUGGAUUGGUAAGAAGGGACUAUCAUGGCCAUGGAAAGAAAAUGAGAAAGAAGGGUCGGUGACUAGGAGCACUCAUUUUGUUUGGCCCUGGUUGCAUAAUGAUCAAGGAAAAGAUUCAAUACCUCAGGAGGGUAAUUGUGCUUUAAAACCAGAAAAUCAGGUGAAUGAAAGUAAUCGACCUGCAACUAAUGAAGCUUCAGGAGCCUGGACCUCUUUGUUUAAUGUUAACUGCACAAGAAGUGGUAGCAGUUCUGGAAGUACCAACAGUUCUGCGAAAAAGGAGGAUGUGGAUAUUGAUUGCUUGGACUAUGAAGUCUUAUGGGAAGACAUGAUAAUUGGAGAGAGGAUUGGGCAAGGUUCAUGUGGAACUGUAUACCAUGGUGUGUGGGAUGGAUCAGAUGUUGCUGUUAAGGUAUUCUUCAAGCAAGAAUAUCCAGGUGAUGUGCUUCUUUCUUUUAGACAAGAGGUAUCUCUAAUGAAAAGGCUUCGACAUCCAAACGUGCUGCUUUUCAUGGGAGCGGUGACUUCACCUCAGCGUCUCUGCAUUGUAACAGAGUUCCUCCCACGUGGAAGUUUGUUUCAAUUACUACAGAAGAACAAGUCAAAACUAGACUGGAGACGACGUGUUCAAAUGGCUUUAGAUAUAGCACGAGGCAUGAAUUAUCUUCAUCAUUUCAGCCCCCCUAUUAUUCAUCGAGAUCUGAAGUCUUCAAAUCUCCUAGUUGAUAAGAACUGGACUGUCAAGGUUGGUGACUUUGGUCUUUCACGUCUUAAGCAUGAAACAUUUCUCCAUACCAAGACCGGGAAGGGGACGCCUCAAUGGAUGGCACCAGAAGUUCUGUGUAAUGAAUCCUCAGAUGAGAAGUCUGAUGUAUACAGCUACGGGGUGAUAUUGUGGGAGCUCGCCACUGAGAAGAUUCCUUGGGAUGAUCUGAAUGCAAUGCAGGUGAUUGGAGCUGUAGGGUUCAGGAACCAAAGGCUAGAGAUCCCAAAGGAUGUGGAUCCACAAUGGGCUUCUAUGACUGAGAGAUGUUGGCACAGUGAUCCAGCUAGCCGGCCAACAUUUCAUGAAUUGCUGGAAGAACUUAAAGCGUUGCAGAGAUGGCGUGCUCUCCAGUUCAAAGCAGCGCGUUCUGCCUCUAGUGAUAGCACCCAAAACGAAUUGCAGACCAGCCUGAAAGACUGAAUGAUGGACUUGAAUGUAUAUCAAUUUGAUUGCUUACAAUUGUCUUUACAUGCUGCAUGUUGUAAAUAUUAAUGUGGCUAUUCAUGUAAUAGCAAUUAGUGUGGCGUGAUAUACGCCAAUUAAGAUUGAUUGGUGAUUAACAGAAUAUAAUUAGCGAUUGAUUGAUUGUAAUCAGAUGAGUAAUUGAUGUAAUCGUUAGAUAGUUACAUUUUGUAAACCUGAGGUACUCCUAUAUAAACCUCAUUGUGAGAUGAAUAGAAUCACUUCAUUCUUCA